AUGGUGCUUUUGCUGCUGCUGCUGCCUCUGCUGCUGCCUCUGCUGCAAGCGCCUUAUGCAGACUGUGGGAUGCUGAAAGCAAAAUGCCCCUUGACUUUGGAGAGGGAUGAGAUAGACCCAGUCAGUUAUUACAGGCCAGGAGAUCACUUCAUUGGCGGGGUUAUGUCUGCUUCAUUUGCUUUCUUUCAUCCACACGUCUUCAGUGAGCCUCCCCCUACCAGCUUUAACCAGAAAGCAAAAACAGUAUAUUGGCUGACCCUCUCCUUCCUGUUUGCUGUUCAGGAUAUCAACAAGAAUCCCAGGCUCUUGCCCAACAUCACACUGGGUUACAACAUCCAUGAGAACUUUUUUAAUGAAAGGGUGAUGUACAAUGCUUUGUUAGACCUGCUGUCUACUGGGGAGGCAAAUGUUCCAAACUAUAACUGUGGAACAGAGAAUCAUUUAGUCGCUGUUCUUGAAGGGUCUAAGUCUCAAAACUCCAUUCAGAUUUCAAGCUUGCUGGGCAUCUAUAAAACUCCACAGGUCAGUUAUGCUUCUGUCUCUCCUAUUCUCAGUGACAAGACCCAGUUCCCUUUUUUCUACCGGAUGGUCCCCACAGAAGAAGCCCAGUACCCAGGGAUUGUCAAGCUGCUCCUGCACUUCGGAUGGACGUUCAUUGGUCUUGCUGCUUUUGACACCGACAACGGAGAGCGGUUCAUGAAGACCUUGACGCCUCUGCUCCUCAGGAGUGGCAUUUGUGUUGCCAUCUCAGAAAGGUUCCCACGACUGAAUAUAGAUGAAAUAUCAUUCAAUCCUCUUCCAUUCCUCAAGUGGACACAAGUCCAUGUAUUUGUUUACUAUGUAGAGACUAAUUUUGUCUCAGUGGGAAUAUUUAUUCUAGCAGCAAUAUUUGACCAGGUCAUAAAAACGAUUGUAGGGAAAGUCUUGAUCACAACAACUAUGUGGGACAGCUCCUUGGAAUUAAAGUACAGUGGCUUAUCUUUCCAACACAUCCAUGGUAUUUUUUCCUUCUUUCUCAAGACAAAUAAAAGAGCAACACAUGAUGAUUCUAUGCCCUUCUUCUCUGCUACAGAGCAGUUUAGGGAGAAAGCUUUUAAUUGUUCCUAUUCAAAGCAUGCAUUGUCAGUGAAAGGCUGGACAAGAUGCAGAGAGAGAGAGGACCUGGAGAUGCUGCCCCAAGAAAAUCUGGAAAGGAUACUCUCUCUAGAUAGCUACAGGAUUUACAACACUGUCCAAGACGUGGCAAGGGCCUUAGAUGUUGUUUAUUCAUCUAGAUCUACAUGGAGGGUGAAGGACAGGCUGGAAAUUCAAAGGCUACAGCCAUGGGAGCUCCACCGUUUCCUGAGAAGCCCGCAGUUUUACAAUUCUUCCAUUGACAGCGAGUAUUUCACUGAGAAUGGGGAACUGGGAGCCAACUUGGAUGUUGUGAACUUGGUGGUGUUCCCCAAUACCUCCAUCCUUAGGAUUAAGUUUGGGAGUUUAUGCAAUAAGGGACCCACAGGCCUACAGCUCACCAUCAACCAGGGGGCCAUUGUGUGGCCCAAAUGGCUCAACCAGACCCUGCCUCCUUCCAGGUGUGUGGAAAGCUGCCGCCCCGGAUUCAUCAAGAGGGUUCAGGAAGGAGAGCCACUAUGCUGCUAUGAUUGUGUUCCCUGUGCAGAGGGGACCAUCUCCACUCUGGAAGAUGCAGAGCAUUGUACUAGGUGUCCAGAAGAUCAGCAUCCAAACAGGGAUCGAGAUCAAUGUAUCCCCAAGGCUAUCACCUUCCUGGCCUAUGAAGAAUAUUUGGGGAUCCUCUUGGCUUCCUUGACCCUAUUCUUCUCUUUGAUAACUGGCAUUGUGUUAGGAAUCUUCAGUAAAUUCCUAGACACUCCAAUAGUCAAAGCCAACAACAGAGACCUCUCCUAUAUCCUCCUCGUCUCCCUCCUGCUUUCCUUUUUGUCCUCCUUCCUCUUCAUUGGACAGCCAAGGAAAGCGACAUGCCUUCUUCGACAAUUGGUCUUCAGCAUCAACUUCUCCGUUGCCGUCUCUUCUGUGUUGGCAAAAACCUUCACUGUGGUGCUGGCCUUCCUUGCCACAAAGCCAGGGAAGAGGGUGAGGAGAUGGCUGGGGAAGAGUCUGACCAACUCCAUUAUUAUUUUCUGUUCCAGUGUCCAAAUUGUCAUCUGCACUAUCUGGCUGGGGACCGCUCCCCCAUUCCCAGAGUCUGACAUGCACUCGCAGCCUGGAGUGAUCAUCCUCCAAUGCAAUGAAGGGACUGUUGCCAUGUUUUAUGUUGCUCUUGGCUACAUGGGCUUCUUGGCUGCCAUCUGCUUCACAGUGGCUUUCCUAGCCAGGAAACUGCCUGGGGCCUUCAAUGAAGCCAAGCUGAUCACCUUCAGCAUGCUGGUCUUCUGCAGUGUUUGGGUUUCCUUUGUGCCCACCUACCUGAGCACGAAGGGGAAAUACAUGGUAGCCGUGCAGGUCUUCUCCAUCUUGGCCUCCAGUGCUGGUCUUCUGGGCUGCAUCUUCAUUCCCAAGUGCUACAUUAUUGUCCUGAGGCCUCAUCUGAAUACAAAGGAGCAUCUAUCAACAAAAACAAAAGCAGAAAUUUGAUUGUUAUGAAACAUUUGUUUCCUGUUCAUCAUUUAGCAAGCACAAGGUGCAAUGCUUUUGAUGUUGCAGAUUGUGUGAAAUUAUUCUACAGGACAAACUGUAUCUGUGGCUACUUUCCUGGUUCCUGCCAGAUACUCCAGUCUAAAAUGCACCCUGAAUAAGUUCUUUUGAAAUAUGACAUCAUUUGGGAAAAUAGUCUGGAAAUCCA